GGGGGGGGGGGGGGAAAGGAUGAAGUACAGUAGUGAGUAGUCGAUUUCUGUUUUUGCAUCUGGCGAGGAUUUGUGAACAGCAAAGGGUUCAGCUCCUCUUCUUAGUUUUUUCCGCUUUUUAAAAAUAAAUCGUAGCAUUAACACAUCGUUAGGUGUUGUCUGUUUUACACGAAUUGUGGGUUUACUGUGGAAAAUCUCCGCUUCAGAGGUUUGAUAGUUAUGGAGACAGGAAAGGCUGAGAUUUACCACGAGAAGCAAAGAUUGCAGUUCUGCCUUUUACACUCCCUCAAUAAUCUCUUCCAGGAUAAAGAUGCAUUUACACGUGCGGAUUUGAAUGUUAUUGCUGAAAGACUUCACAUUGAUGAUCCCAACAAGGGAACAUGGACUCCGUUGUCUGCAAUUUUUAAGCCCCAUCAUAAUCUGCUUACAGGAAACUUUGACAUCAAUGUUCUUAUUGCUGCACUCGAAGAGAAAGGAAAAAGGGUUGUUUGGCAUGAUCGGCGAAACGGAGCUUCUACUAUUGAUCUUGAGGGCUCAGGAAACGAAUUAAUGGGUAUUGUGCUUAAUAUUCCAGUGAAGAAGUAUGUUGGGCUUUGGAGAAGUAGACACUGGGUUACCUUGCGAACGGUUGGAGGUGUUUGGUAUAACUUAGAUAGUGAUUUUUCCACUCCUUAUCAGUUUAAAGAUACAGAAGAAGUGAGGAAUUUCUUGGAUUACAUAAUAGCUGCUGGUGCUGAAGUUUUGCUCGUCAUGAAUAAUGAAAAAUUAAUGAAGAUACCAUCUAGAGUUUCAAUGUACAGUGACCUGAUGUCUUCCUUUGAAAGGUUGAUUGGUUAUUGCCAGGCAAAAAGAAGAUAUGGCAAAACUAGGAAAACUUGUCAGCUUUAUUUUUCGACUGCUGUGGCUUCACUCCUACAUAUUCUUGGGCUUGCUCCCUUCUUUCUCUCCGCCUCUCUAGCUCAAACUUCUAGUACUUUUAAAGCUAUUGAUUCUUUUGAGAUGUCCGCUCAGAAAGGCAAUGGACGAGCCAACAAUGUUGGAUCGCAUGCUACUGUUCAUCAGAAGCCCGCGGCAGAGCUUCAGAAACAGAAGUCUUGCAAGAAAGAAGACAAUACCCCGAGGUGUACAAGAAGUUGCAAAUUCAGGUUGCCGAGAAAGAAAGAAUUAUCUCCACUCAAGUAUCUUAAACAUAUUGGUGGUAAGAUGUUCGCAGUGCUGCAAAUGAUGUCUCCUAGAAGAUGUUCUCCUAAAGUUACUUCCUCGGAAAGGGCAAAGCCCUCUGUUGCUCCAGUUGAUUCUCAUCGCGCUGAAGCUAUAGAUGAUUGCAUCGAGUUUAUUAACUCUUCUUCUUCAUUGCCAAGAUCAAAUUCCACUCUGCAGUAGAUGCUCAACGUUUCUCAUGAAGACCUUGGGCUAUAAUUUAGAUCCUAGAAAGUUGUGGCUUUAUCAAACAUAUUUGUUCCUCCUGUAAUUGCUAUUUGCUGAUGGCUUUCUUGAUGACUUUUUGUAAUUGAAACCAGGAGAACCUAAGAUUUUUUUUUUUUUAACAUUUCUAGGUAAAUUAGUAGACUGUAGAUUUGAAUGCUGCAAUAAUCAUUUGCUUAGUAAGCUGUCUUGCUAUGGGUACCUAUUUUGAGGCCAUGGCCUAAUAUAAACCAUGGUCCGCAGAGUGGUGGUUGAAUAUUAUUGUACAACGGUCAAAGAUAAAGUUCACAUAUAAACACUACUAUUAUGCUA